CGUAAGAGCAGCAUGUUGCGCACUUCUGAAAGUCUUGAACGUUUAUAGCUGCUGUGCAUGCAAUUGUACACAACAUUUUUAUACGUUUUUUCCUGGCUGAAGUUGAAUCUUAUCCUAUGGUUGUCAGGUUGUGCAAGCAAUAUAUUGAUCCAGGACAACAACUAUUCCACAAUAGGACAAGAAGAUCUGGACCAAUAGCUCAACAUUGCCAGCAAUUGGAUGUUUUAUUGAUACUGGACAGAAUGUCAACAUAUUUCACUUUGUGGGUGUUUUUUGGCAUACUGUCCCCCCUUCUGCUGGCUGCGGUGGCAGCUAAUUGUUCAGAGAGGGAAGGGUUGGUGAAACUGCUGCCCAGGAGACCCUUAACAAACUGUUUGAUCGAGUGCACUGAGAUGACCUACCAUAAGAAAAUUCAACUUCAGGACAACCAUAACAUACGGCUCUCAUAUUGCACAGAAGGAGACCCCGGGGAAUACUGUUGGUCUACGGAGCUCAAGUGCAACAUUGGAGAAAGCUUGGUGCAGGCCUACGUGGUGUUGCCUGUGGAUGUAUCUGUAGCUGGACAUGAGAUGCUGGAAGUGAAAGCCACUGUCCCCUCUGCCACCACACUGCUCAGACACAACAGCCCCACCACAAUCGCAGACGACUGUGGCCUCCAAUACGACGUGACGCCACAAUUCAGUACCGAGAACACGGGGAACUCUUUCUGCGUACAGGUUGUUUCCCCGGUUGUUUCCCCGGUUGUUGUUCUCGAAUGUCUUCCUUUUCUGGUCACCUUCUGGGAGAGAAAACCAAAUCAGAUCAACCAAGGAGGUGAUGGAUAAAAUACCCAUAUAUUUUACUAAAGUAAAAUAACUAAUGCAUACUGUACAUAUACUCAGUCCUGCAUUGAGCAUGUUACUUAAUUAAAAGUGCGUAGGCAUAGUAACUAAAAUGUACUUCCAGUAUUACAAUUUGAUAUCAUUGUAUUGUUAUCAUCUCAUUCAUUAAUGUGUAACCAUCACUUUUGUAAUUUUUUUAUUUUGAGCUAUUUUAUUUAAGGUUGCAACUGUUGAUUAUUUUCAUUUUGGAUUAACCCUUAUGUUGUGUUCGGGUCUCCCGUGACCCGUUUCAAGUUAAAAUGAUAUAAUAACUACGCUUUAGUUUUUUUUAUUGGAACGAGGCUUCAUGAUUUCAAACCUUUAUUUAACCAGGUGGUCCCAUUGAGAUCAUUGAUCUCUUUUUCAAGGGAGACCUGCAGAUGAUAUCCUCCACAACAGCUAUAUAAACACUACAAAACAGAUGUUGACAAUUUUAGCCAAGUCUGAAGGUCUAUAAUUUGGUGUUCGGGUCUGGGAAGACACAGCAGAAUUGUUGUGGGUGACUCGGGGGCAAAUUUGGCCCAAUCAAGAUUCAUCUUUCACUUUAGACACCCCAGCCCCACCCCCUUCAUCCACUGUAACAAUAGUUAUUUCACAACAUGCACCUGGUUGCCCAUCCCUCCCCCCCACGGAAACUCGACCUUUCACAAAGAAUAUGUACACUAACACUUGAACCUGAACACACACAUGCACGUGUGCAAUAUGUGGUGUAAUGUGUUUUGGGGCCAUAAAAGAAAAUUACAACAGGAUUGUACGGUUAUGAAUGCAUUAUAAGUUAGUUAUGAUGUAGUUAAAACAAUAUUGGAUGAUAGUCAUUAUUUUGGAGUGUUUUGGACUGAGAUAAAUCAUGGGUUAAAAUUGACCCGCAAACACCAUGAACGGUAACAGCUUUCAAACACAACACAACGGUUAAGCUCAUGAUUAUUUUCUAUAUUCAUUGAUUGAUUGUUUGGUUUUACAACCUCACAACUAUUGGACAAAGGCAUAGAAAAGCAAAACAAGCUUUUUUUGUGUGUUAAAUGACAGACAACCAACAAAGUUGUUUCCAAUUAAUCUGUUGUCAAUUGUUUUAGAUAUAAUUUAGAUGUCAUAUUGUAUAAGAUCUUAUUAUGUUUUGUAUGCAAACAUCUUUAUUUGUAAAAUAACUAGUAACUAGUAGGUGUCAAAUAAAUGUAUAGGACUAAUAAGUACAAUAUUUCCCUCUGAAAUGUAGUUGAGUAGAAGUAAAAGGAUAAUUAAAUGAACAGUC